AUGGCGAAAACCGUAAUCUUAGUGAGCUCCGACGGCAAGUGGUUCGAGAUCGCUGAAUCCAUGGCGGCGCAGUCAAUAGUGAUCGGGAACGUAAUCGAAUACGUCGGUGGCGGCGACCCGAUCCCGCUCUUCAACGUCACCGCUAGAGUCCUAAUUAAGGUGAUCCCUCAAGAAUCACGGCGGUGGAAAGUGCUCUUGGAGUGUAUGAAGGCCGCAAACUAUCUCAACAUCGAAGGUCUGUUUGAUCUCAUCUCGCAGAAGAUCGCUGAUUCGAUCGAAGCCUGCAAAUCGGAGGCGGAGAUGGUGUACGAUUUCUCGCCGGAGAGGAGGCGAGCAAAUACGUGUGCGUGUAUUGGCUUGGUGUAA